AAAAUACGUGUGUGUUGACCUCUAAGCCGCCAUAUUCAACUGUCUGCGCAUGCGUCAUGUAUUAAGGACCGAAGACUAGGUCGAAUUUAAGGAUUUGUCUUGUUUCCGAUUUAAAAUAAGGCACAAUGCCUGAUGAUUUCGACAAAGAUGUUUACCCAGUGCCUCCACGUCGGACGCCAGCUGAUAAUAAACAGACCAGCCUGCCAAGUCCAGCAGUGAUCGCGUCCAAACUGUUCUAUUAUUCGGUGGAUCUCCCAGUCACCAAAUUUAGAGAAUGUAUUGAUAGCAUCCAGUCUGGCCACAAGUCAGUCUAUUACCACCAGAGGUUCCGCCGUGUCCCUGAUCUGACUGAGUGCGAGGAGGGCGACUAUGUCUGCUACUAUGAAGCCGAGAUGCAGUGGAGGAGAGACUAUAAGGUGGACCAGGAGAUUGUCCGUAUCCUCCAGGAGCGCAUGAGGGCUUGCACGCAGAGGGAGGGGGACAGCUACCACCAGAACUGUUCAAAGGAGCUGCAGAAUUACAAUGAUGCCACGAAGGCCUUCCUAUCGCGCUAUGGAGAUCUGGGAGCGUACGCCAGUGGAAGGAAGUGUCUAAUGAAGCAGAAGGAGAGGAUGAUGGAUGCUCAGAAAGCUUAAAACAAAUAACUGUAUUCAGUCUUUACCCGUGUGAUAAUUGUAAAAUAAACUUUAUGGGAUCUAUUUA